AUGGGGGGAGGGGGGGGUGGGGGGUGGGUAGUUGUGGUUGUGUAUGGUGGUGAGGUGGGGGGUUUUGGGGGGGGUGUGGGUAGGAGGUGUUGGGGGAUUGUUGGGUGUGGGUUGGGGUGUGGUGGGGUGAUGGUUGAGGGGGGGGGGGAGGAUAUAAGGUAUGGGGUUUUGGGAGGGGGGAUUUUUUUUUGUGGUUUAGGGGAGGGGGGGGAUGGAGUGGGAAGUGUUUAUGUGAUGAUUGGUGGGGUUGUGUAUGAUGGUUGGGUUGGGGGUAUUUUUUUGAGGGGGUUGGAGGUUGGGGGGAGUGGGGGUGGAUGUGUUGAAAUGGGGGGGGUAGGGGUGGUGUGGGAUGGAGGGGGGUGGGUUGUGGAGAGGGGGGGGGGGGGUGGGUAG